AGGAAGGGGGCGCUGCUUGAAGGAAGAAGAACUUGCGGAAGUUGAUCUUCUCCUUCAGUUCCUGACGGAAAAGUAAAAAAGAAAACAAAAAAUAACCCAAAAAGAAAGACAGAAACGCAUUUAGUCUUUAAGAUAACUGCAGUUCGGAUUAACGCGAGGACGAUGGGCACCAGGGAUGACGAAUACGACUAUUUAUUCAAAGUGGUCCUGAUUGGUGACUCCGGCGUAGGAAAGAGUAACCUGUUGUCCCGCUUUACCCGCAACGAGUUCAACUUGGAGAGUAAGAGCACCAUUGGGGUGGAGUUUGCCACGCGCAGCAUCCAGGUGGAUGGCAAGACGGUGAAGGCCCAGAUCUGGGACACUGCCGGUCAGGAGCGUUACCGCGCCAUCACGUCAGCGUACUACCGCGGAGCAGUGGGGGCUCUUCUGGUCUAUGACAUCGCCAAGCAUCUAACCUACGAGAACGUGGAGCGCUGGCUGAAGGAGCUGAGGGACCACGCCGACAGCAACAUUGUCAUCAUGCUGGUGGGCAACAAGAGCGACCUGCGCCACCUGAGGGCCGUUCCUACAGACGAGGCGCGGGCGUUUGCUGAGAAAAAUGGUUUGUCUUUUCUGGAGACCUCCGCUCUGGACUCCACCAACGUGGAGACGGCCUUCCAGACCAUCCUGACAGAGAUUUACCGCAUCGUCUCCCAGAAGCAGAUGUCGGAGCGCCAGGAGAGCGACAUGUCGCCUAGCAACAAUGUAGUGAACAUCCAGGUGCCGCCCACCGAGAACAAACCAAAGAUGCAGUGCUGUCAGAACAUCUAACCGGGCCUGGAACCGCUGCCACUCCUCCCCCCUCUUCUCCUUUUCCGUCCGUUCAGCCAAGCCCCCCCCCCACCCUGAGAACUGACUGCCCGGACGCACAGCUCGGCAUGACAGGACCCGAACUUUGAGCCCCACCUGCCCCUCCUACCCUUCUCCCCUUCCCACGUAUAAAGCAAAGUGUGGGGUCCCCCCCCCCCGAGGGACAGCUGGCGUUUCAUACCGUGUUAGUCUGUGUAGGUGCGCUGACAUGUCACACAAAUGUCUUAAACUCUGAAUGUGAUUCCUUUCCUGCUUCAUCGUUUCUGUCUGCUCUGUACAAAGCCCACGCCAUCGUGUCCUUUAGCCCCCCUCCCUCCAGCGUCCAGACAGACUGAUGGGAGCCUGUGCGUCUUAGCUGUGACCAUGUGACCACUCUGCACUCGGCUCCAUCUCCCGAGGAGAGCAGUUUUUUUGUCCACAGAGCGAUGUUAUGCGGCGGCGGACAGAAACCCCGCCCCUCAGCCGUCCAUCUUUGUUCAAACACAUUUCCAUUUGUUUGAGAAGGCGUCCAGGUAAAGCCACAGACAUGUUUGAAUCCACGUCAUUCCCAUCAUCAAGCAGCCACAGAGCUUUUCGUAGAAGCACUGAGAAAUGUGUCACAGGGUCGAUUCCCUUAGCGUGUGGUCAUUAGGUCUCUGCUGCCCUGGAACUGUUUUAACAUCGCUGAAGAAUCAAACAACUUUCAGAGGCGGUUCCUUCCUCUGUUCUGCCAUCUUUGGACCUUUCAUAUAGCCACGCUCACCUUGGCCUAAGCUCCGCCCUCGUCAAAUAGCGCCUUCGCACACCGAGCUGCCUCUGACGCAGUGCAUGGCUCUCUGUCCGACUGCUGCUUUCCUCAUCUGGCCUUUACAUCGCCACCACUGACGCAGAACCCGGUCCGGGGGGGAUUCCGGUCUCACGGGCGCGGUUGGAUGCGGUGUGUUGGAUCAGAGACGGCGUCUCUUGAGGGAAGAGCCCGCCCACUCUGCAGCGGGGGGCGGUAGAGGAGGAAUUCGGAUCUUUUGUCUCCUUAUGUUAUGUUUGAAACUGUCUUUGAUUUUUUUGUUUUUUACAAACUGAAUUGUGUAAUUGACUGUAAUUCCACUGAAACAUGAAUGAAUGAAUCGUUCUUCUGGUGAGCUUGGCGGGCGGGUUUGGUGAGACGCGGCUCACAUGGAAUGCUUCAUGUUUUGUAUAGACUGACGAAUUGUACAAUUGUGUCUAUAUCUUAAGUUAUCAGUACAUCUUAAUAAAGCGCACCGGUCAAUACCUUA